AUGACGAUACUUCUAAGGGGCAAAACACACUUAAUCUCCCGUAUCAAAUCUCUCACCCCUUUACAGAGAUUCAAUCAUAAUUUAACUGAAGAGGGAAUAGAAGCUCAAGCCUGCCCUGAAGUGGGUUAUGAUUUCCUCGCUCAACAGAGUUAUGUUGUUGAUAAAUCAAAAUGGAGAAAACUAAAUGCUAGGUAUUAUGGUCUAACUCAUUCAAUGAUUCCUGCUGCUCCAUGGACUGUUUUGAAACUUUUGCGUGCUGAAGCUGAAGAAAGCUCUAUAGCACUGGCUAUGCCAAGGAAGAGAUUAUUAACUGCAUCCAGUGUUGUGCUUACCUCUUGCUUUCUUGUGGGAACGAAUUUAGUUGCUGCAAUUGUGCCUCAUUUAAACAUAAGAGAAUUCAUGUCUUCUAUCAUGUUGAUCUUGCUUCCUAUGAUUGUCUUACUUCCUUUAUGCACAUAUGGUUUGAUUUCCUUGUCAUAUGCAGGAUUUGAAUCGUACUUAGUGGGGGGAUGCGUGAGAGAUUUGCUUUUGAAUAGAGUACCUAAAGAUUUUGAUGUGAUCACCACAGCUAACCUUAAGCAGAUAAAGAAGAAGUUUCAUCGUUCUCAGAUUGUUGGACGGCGAUUUCCUAUAUGCAUAGUGUAUAUCAAAGGUUCAGCAAUUGAGGUAUCCAGUUUUGAGACCGCUGCAAAACAGUCUCAGGAGAAAGAGAAGUUUCUUUUAUCUCAAAUGCCAAGGAGCUGUGAUGAAAAAGACUGCCGCCGCUGGAGAAAUAGUAUGCAUCGGGACUUCACAAUUAACAG